AUGAGUUCAGCAAAUUCUUUUCUUCCAUCAACAACAUAUCAUACUUCAAAUAAUCGAUAUUCAACUCCACAAGCAACAACUACAACAUCAUCAUCUUCUUCAUCAUUUAAUAUACUGUCAAAUAGUGUUCAACAACAAUUAAAUGAUUUAAAUUCUACACGUUCAUCGACAUCAUGUUCAACAUCUCAUUGUUUAAGUAAUCAAUGUCUUGAAUGUACAACUAUACUUUCGACAAGACCAUCACAACCAAGAUGUAAUCUUAAUUCUUAUAUUGAUUCAUCAUCGAAUUCAUCUCAUUUUGUACAAAAUUGUUCAUAUGUAACUAAUUCAACAUUAGAUAAUCAUUCACAAGUCUUAACAAUCGAUGAACAACAAACCACAACACGAGUUCUAUCAAUGAAUAUUCCAGUUGAUAAUAGUAAUAAUGUAAAUCCAAUAAAUUCUUCAUCAUUAAAUAUUGAAAUUGAAGAAGAAGAGGAUGACGAUGAUGAUGAUGAUCAUCAUCGACAAACUCAUUUAUGUAAUGAACAUAUUGAUCAAAAUGAACAAUUAGAAGUUUUUGUUGGUUUUUAUCGACCCGGAGAAUAUCAACGUGAAACAAUGGAGGAAGACGACGAUGAUGAUGAUGAUGAUGAAAGUGAAUUAAGUCGUAAAUCAGAUACACAGAAAAAGGAAGAACAGUCAACUCGAGAAUUAAUUAGUGAUGAAGAUGAAGGAAAUGAAGAUCAAGAUUUUAUUGAUGAAGAUUUUGGUCCUAAUCAAGACGAUGAUACAGAUCAACAACAACAAGAUAAUGAAAUCAUAAAUGAAGAACAAUUACAUCCAAAUAUUCUUGAUAAUGAUCCACAACAACAACAACCAGCAAUUGAAUUAAAUGAACCAAUAUUAUUUCCUAUUGUUAUUGUACAAAUUGAUGAAGAUGAAGACCAAGGUUUUGGUGCACAAUUUAAUGAUGAUUGUCAAUCAAGUGAUGAUGAAAAUAAUCAUCUAUCAACCAUAUCAUUAAAUAAUAUUAAUAAUGAAAAUGAAUUAGCAUAUUCGAAAAAAAAAUUUCUUCAACGUUCACAAUCAGAUACUGAAUUAAAUCAUCGAAAAUCUCAAAUAUAUCUUUCAUUACCAUCAUUAACAAUAAAUUCUGAUAAUCAAUAUGAAAAAUUUGAACAUAUUAUUAUUGAUGAUCAACAACCACCAUUAACGACAAUGUCAAAUUUACUUAUUAAAAAAAAACAAGAUAAUGAUGAUAAUGAAUAUUUAUUUUUACGAAAGAAAAAAAUUUUAAGAAAAUCUUCCGAAGAAAUUAUUGAAAUAUCAAAUCAAGAAUCUCCUUUACAAACGAUUGUUGAUGAAGCUGUUCGUGAUGUUGAACGUCAUGUUAUGCUAUGGGAUGAUGAACAUGCUCGACAAAUAGAUACUCAAUCAUCAUUACAACAGAUUGUGCAAUAUUUUCAAUUAAAUAUUGAUAUUAAUCAAGAUCAACAAUCGAGAAUAUUAUCAAUUAGAAAAGAAUUAUUACUUGAUUAUCUUCAAUAUAGAAGUGAAACUGACAUCUCUGCAAGUGAUUUACAUGAAAAUCUUCUUCAAUAUCCCGAAUAUUCUUCUCGUAUUCAUUGUCGAUUCUUUCCAUUUUGGCCACCACGUGAUGUUGAUUUAUUACAAUGGCUUUCUCACUGGAUUAAACAAGGUGCUCUACCUAUUGCAAUAAUGAAUAUGGAUCAUACUUAUUCUCAAAGAUCUAAUUAUUCGAACACAAUCUCAUCUUGGCAACAUCGUGUUAUUUAUGGUGUUGAACCUCGUGCUAUCUAUCUAAUGAAUCCAAUACAAAUCCAAUCACCACAACAAGUCUAUGAACAAUUAACUAUUGAUUCUAUAACAUAUAUAACACGUCAUGAAAUAGUUCAACGUUAUAAUCAAUCUCCAAUGUGUUUAACACCAUUAGCAAUAAAUAAUAAUAAAUCAAGAUUAUUUUCUGAUACAAGGUGGCGUACAAUGAAUGUUCUUGGACAAGUUGUUAAUGUUUUACGAGAAGAUCGUCAGUUACAUGAAAAUGAAACACGUAAUAUUCCAUAUCGUCCAACGGUAACACAUGUUCGAAUUCCAUCAACAUGUUCAUCCGGUAUAUUAAUAUUCUCAAAAGAUUAUAAUCAAUUAUUAAAUGCGAUUGAUUUACCAUUAAGACAAUAA